UACCAUCACUCCAUUAUGAGAGAAGAUACAAAUACAGAGACGGAACAACCUGCUGAUCCGGAGGGUCAUGUGGGCCACCUGAACCUGGCAUUCACCCAGGAUGAGAAACCCCGGGAGGAGAAAACAGAGAGGCCGCCAGAGGAGGAGGAGGAGGCGUCCAAAUCCAAAAGCAAAAAGGUUGAUGUGUUUCGUUAUGCCACGUGCCUGGAGAUCUUCAUGAUGCUGGUCGGCCUCUUCUGCGCCGCGGUCCACGGUGCCGCGCUGCCCAUAAUGUGUAUCGUGUUCGGAACGAUGACCGACAGCUUCGUCCAGAGUGGACAACAGUUCAACUUCACAGGAAAUUUCACAUCAAGCCCCACGAAGUGUGUGUUGGUUCCUGGAGUGGACAUUGAAGCAGCGAUGACAAAAUACGCGUAUUACUUCAUUGGAAUUGGGGCGGCCGUGCUGCUCCUCGGGACGUUCCAGGUCCUGCUGUUCGUGCUGACGGCCACCAAGCAGACCAAGCGCAUCCGAGAGAAGUACUUCCACGCCAUCCUCCAUCAGCCCAUGGCCUGGUUUGAUACUCAUCCCAUCGGAGAACUCAACACUCGACUGUCAGACGACAUCAACACGGUGAACGACGGCCUGGGAGACAAGAUCUGUAUAUUCGUGCAGUUCUUCUGCAGAUUCCUCACAGGUUUAAUCAUUGGAUUUGUUUACGGAUGGAAGUUAACGCUGGUCAUUUUGGCUGUCAGUCCACUGCUGGCAGGUUCAGCCGCCAUCUGGUCAAAAAUUCUUGCCACCCUCACCAGUAAGGAGCUAUCAGCCUACGCUAAAGCAGGAGCAGUAGCGGAGGAGAUACUCGUGGCCAUCCGGACAGUCGUGGCCUUCAACGGCCAAAAGAAAGCUCUAGAAAAGUAUGAAACCAAUCUGGUGGAAGCAAAGGAUUUUGGAGUAAAGAAAGCCAUCACCACUAAUUUAUCUCUGGGACUCACACAGUUCUUUAUACUGGGAACGUACGCGCUGGCGUUCUGGUACGGAACCAAACUCUCGGUGGAUGAACCACAGAACUACUCCAUCGGGAAAGUCCUGAUUGUCUUUUUUUCGGUGAUGAUCGGAUCGUUCUCUCUGGGUCAGGGAGCACCAAACCUGGAGAGCGUCGCUAAAGCCCGCGGUGCUGCGUACGUAAUCUACAAAACCAUCGACAUGCCUCGUCCCAUCGACAGCAGUUCAAAAGAAGGUUUUAAACCCGACAGUGUGAAAGGUGACAUUGAGUUCAAGAACAUCCACUUCAGCUACCCAUCAAGGAAGGAUGUGAAGAUCCUACAGAGGAUGAACCUGAAGGUGCCCAGUGGUAAGACGAUCGCUCUGGUGGGAGCCAGUGGUUGCGGGAAGAGCACCACCAUUCAACUGCUGCAGCGCUUUUAUGAUCCAGACUCCGGAGAGGUGACCCUGGACGGUCGAGAUAUCCGCACUUUAAACGUCCGUUGGUUGAGAAAGAACGUGGGCAUCGUGAGCCAGGAGCCCGUACUCUUCGGCACCACCAUAGCCGAGAACAUCCGCUACGGUCGUGAGGACGCCACCGAUGAAGAUAUUGAGCGAGCUAUCAGAGAGGCCAACGCCUACGAGUUCAUCUCCAGACUUCCAGACAAGUUGAACACUAUGGUAGGAGAGCGAGGUGCUCAGCUCAGCGGUGGACAGAAGCAGAGAAUCGCUAUCGCUCGAGCUUUGGUGAAAAACCCUAAAAUCCUCCUGCUGGAUGAAGCCACGUCAGCCCUGGACACACAGAGUGAAUCCAUCGUCCAGGCUGCUUUAGAUAAGGCAAGAGCAGGUCGGACCACCAUAGUGAUCGCUCACCGACUGUCCACCAUCCGCACAGCUGAUGUCAUUGCCGGAUUCAAAGAUGGUCAAGUGGUGGAGCAGGGAACCCACAGAGAGCUCAUGAACAAGAAAGGAGUUUAUUACUCUCUCAUCAUGCAACAGUCUGCCGGGAGACCAGACACUGAUGCUAACGAAAACGAGGAAGACGAGGACGACAGCGAUCCAGAAGGGGAAGAGUUCGACUGGUCAUCUGACGAGCCUGAAGACCUGGUGGAGGUGACGAUAGAAAACGGUGGUUUAGAGAGAAACUCGAUAAGACGCAGCACGACGCUUCACAGGACGACAUCCAACAGAACAUCAAAGAAAAAAAAGAGAAAGUUCAGAUCCAAAAAGGAGAAGAAGGAAAAAGAAAAAGUUCAGGAUGUCUCUUUCUUCACGAUCCUGUCUCUAAACAAACCUGAGUGGCCCUACUUGGUGAUUGGCAUUGUGGCCAGCAUUAUAGGGGCAGCUGUGUACCCCUGUGUGGCUAUCCUCUUUUCCAAAAUCAUUGGUGUGUUUUCUGAGGUUGAUCUUGACAUGAAGCGACAGAAGACCCUGAUGUUCUCUCUUCUGUUCCUCCUGGUUGGAGCUGUGUCCCUCGUCACCAUUUUCUUUCAGGGUUAUAUGUUUGGUAAGUCUGGAGAAAUUUUAACCAUGAGGCUGAGGAGUCAGGCGUUCCAGUCUAUUUUAAGACAGGACAUCGCCUGGUUUGAUGACCACAAUAACGCAGUGGGAGUCCUCACGACCAAAUUAGCAACAGACGCAUCACUGGUUAAAGGGGCAGCAGGAUCCAGACUCGGCUUGGCUGCCAACACGAUGUUUUGCCUUGGCAUUGCUAUAAUCGUGGCCUUCGCCUACUGCUGGCAGCUUACUCUUCUUAUCCUGGCCUGUGUCCCUUUUCUCACCGGAGCCCAUUUUGUCCAGAUGAGAGCCAUGGGGGGUCACGCUUCUAAAGACCAAAGUGCGCUGGAGAUGUCUGGAAAGAUUUCCACAGAAACUGUUGAAAACUUUCAGACUGUGGUGGCGUUAACAAAAGAACCGGUUUUCUUCAGAAUGUUCACCGACGCCCUCAGUAAACCGUACAGGUCGGCUUUAUGUAAAGCCCCGAUUUACGGACUGACAUUCGCAUUUUCGCAAGCGAUCCCUUAUUUUGUCAACUCUGCAGUUUUCCGAUUCGGAGCCUGGCUGAUCGCCCACUGCCACACUGACUAUGAGAACGUUUUCCUGGUGUUCUCUGUGAUCGUCUUCGCUGCCAUGAGCAUCGGACAGUCGUCAUCGUUCGCUCCAGACUUCGCCAAAGCUAAAGUGGCAGCCUGGAGAAUCUUAAAGUUGCUUGAGAAAAAACCCGAGAUCGACAUCUACAGCGAGGAAGGAGACAAACCAGGGAGCUUUGCAGGAGAUGUAGAAUUCCGCGACGUGCACUUUAACUACCCGACACGCCCGAACGUGAAGAUUCUGCAGGGUCUGAACGUGUCCGUGGCUCAGGGACAGACGCUGGCGCUGGUAGGAGAAAGCGGCUGUGGGAAGAGCACCUCAGUCCAACUGCUGGAACGCUUCUACAACCCAGCCAGCGGCCAAGUGUUCGUGGACGGAGUGGACACCAAGCAGCUCAACCUGGCCUGGCUACGAGCUCAGAUGGGACUGGUCUCUCAGGAGCCCAUUCUGUUCGACUGCACCAUCGCUGAGAACAUCCAGUACGGCGACAACAGCCGGGUGGUCGACCAGGAGGAGAUCGAGCAGGCCGCCAGGAACGCCAACAUCCACGACUUCAUUGUGGGCCUGCCAGAGAACUAUAACACGCGUGUGGGAGAUAAAGGUACUCAGCUGUCUGGAGGCCAGAAACAGAGGAUCGCUAUCGCUCGAGCUCUGGUCCGCCAGCCCAAAGUCCUGCUGCUGGAUGAAGCCACUUCAGCCCUGGACACGGAGAGCGAGAAGGUUGUGCAGAAAGCUCUGGAUGAUGCUCGUCAGGGUCGGACCUGCAUCGUCAUCGCUCACCGUCUGACCACCAUCCAGAAUGCGGACAUCAUCGCGGUCAUUAAGAACGGACAGGUUGCCGAACAGGGCACCCACAGCCAGCUAAUGGCCACGCAAGGAGCGUACUACGCCCUCGUAAAUGCCCAAGUCUCUCAUUAACGACCCCUUCGUCUCUGUAAAUGUGUACAGUUCUAAGUAGAAGGACGUCAUUAUACAGAGUUCUAUUUAUGAACAAUUACAAGCAAAGUAUUUUUUUUUUUGUAAUAUAAAAUAAACACAAUUAAAUAAAUUAAAGAUUAAAAUGCCAUCUGCAAGCAAACAUGCAAAUACAUCUGACCAAUAUUUAAGCAAAACAACAAUAGUUUAUUUGUUUUACCUUAUGAACUUUGCAGCAGUUUAAGACUGGACACUUGUACACUUUUACACUUUACAUUGCAAUAAA